CUGGCGACUGCACAAGAAAAACUUGAAAGCCUUCGGGCAGCUCGGCGAAGCUCAUCAGGCGUCUCAGCAGCCUCAAUUCUUUCUGUUUCAUCAUCCACGCUUUCACAAGCGAUUUCUUCAAUCGACAAUGGAAAAAGUGCAGUUAUUAUUGAGCUAGGCACGAAGUUCACAAAAUUGGGAAGUGCUGGAGAAACAACUCCUCGCGCAAUACUCCGCACCGAAUAUAUCAAUGAAAACGGUGUGAAAAUUGAUGCAAAUGAGAUUUUCGCGCUAAAUGAUAGGAAGAAGGCUGCAGAAAAACCUGUGGAAUAUCACGAGAACAUAAUCUCUCAAUUUUUCAAGUUUCUAUUCCUCAAAGCUCUCGCUCCAACCGACAGACCAUUUAUAAUUGUUGAAAGUGUAUUUAUGUCAAUCGAUAUGCGAAAUGCGAUCACAAAAACGGUUCUCGAAAAACUUCGCGCAAAAUCAAUCAUGUUUAUGCCAACUCAUAUAUGCUCUACAUUCGCCUUCAACUCUUCCAAAGCUCUAGUAAUUGAUAUUGGACAUUCGGAAUGUGUUGCAAUGCCAGUUAUCGAAGGUGUAACAAUGUUGAGUGAAUUUGAAAGUGCACAUUUGAUAAGUGGAAAAAUAAUUGAGCAAAGAUGUCGAGAAUUAUUAAAGGAACAUGGGCAAAUUGAUGAAAUUAAUGGGGAAAGACGCGGAUUGAAUGACACGGAUUUCGAGGAAAUUGACAGCAAUAAUCUAAUUGAAACCAUUGCUAUAAACUCGAUUUGUAUUGGAAAAGAAAGAGCGCAGAUUUGGAAAAGUGGGAAAAUUCCGGAGAAGGAAUUGUUAAAGGAACAUGUUUUUGCAAUGAAUGGGAAGAAUCUUAUUAUUCCUCCAAUUGUACUGUAAGUGAAGAAAAAAUAAAGAAAUGAAAAGAAAAAGUUCACGUGAAAAUUACACGUUUAUUUUUCACGUCUAAAAAUAAAAACUAUAUUUUUUCCCCUAUUUUUUGACAUUAUUUUUUCAUUGAAAAAUUUUCACUUCGAGAUAUUUUUGAUUUUAGACUUAGGCUUAGGCUUAGUCAGUACCUUAGGCUUAACAAAGAUUUUAUUUUGCUCUAGGCUUAGGCUUAGCCAAGAUCUUAGGCGAUGAUGCAGAUUAGUUUCUCCCCCGAGCUGAUUGAGGAGAAAGAGGAGAAACGUGUUGCAGGUGGAGGCGAAACAAUGUAUUUUUCGAAUUUCGCCCCAUUUCUCCUCAUUUCUCCUCGGAGGAGAAACUCAUCUGCAACAUCGCCUUAGGCUUAAUAAAGAUUCUAGGCCUAGGCUUAGGCUUAGUCAGCACCUUAGGCUUAACAAAGAUUUUAUUCUAGGCUUAGGCUUAGGCUGAACUAAUAACCUAACUUUUAGGCUUAGGCUUAGCCAAGAUCUUGGGCUUAAUAAAGAUUCUAGGCCUAAGCUUAGGCUUAGACAAGAUCUGACUAAGUGAUUCAGGUCGAAAAAAAAAUAAUUUAAAAAAAAAUUUUGACAAAAAAUUUUUCAGCCAAAUUUCAAACCCAAAUUCUUUCAGAGAAACUCCACUCGAAAUCUUCUUUGAUGCCUCACUCAACACCCAAUCUUUCGACAAAACUCUUCCCCAAAUGCUCUUCUCAAUCGUCGAAAAAUGUCCAAUCGAUCUUCGCAAAUCUCUUCUAUCCAACAUCAUUCUAAUCGGCGGAGUUUCAACAAUUUGCGGCUUGAAAUCACGAAUCAAAGAGGAACUCAUCGAAAUAUGCCAAAAUGCGCAGAAAAAAUACGCAGAAGAUGUGAGAUUCUAUCAAUUUUCGAAACUCAAAAAUUAUCCAUUAUUUGGGGCGUGGCUUGGCGCAAGUCUUUUGGGUUCACUUCGAGAAACUGUGGAGAGGAAAAGUAUCAGUUUGCAAGAUUGGAAAAGUGGAAAAUUGGCUGAAGAUUGGACUGAUAUUAUUGAUAAAAAUGUAUAA